GAAACCAGAGACUCGAGUGUUAUUGCUUCUACCGUAUAUUUCCCCAACUAUUUUUAUAUUUUUGUUGGGAUUAGACUUCAACAAUCUGAAUCGCUGCUACUUCCCCGACUCCAAUUCCGAUCGCCGGCGUCAUCAACGGCUCUGAUCGCCUCUUAUAACCGUGCUCUUUCCACGUGAUCUUCAGCUAGGGUUUCUUCAUGAUGGUUUCUUCAGGGGAGUGUGGAACGGAUAUACAGAGCCCAGAUGCUGGAAGUCAUCAAUUGCAGCUGAUCUCUGAUAGUGAAAUUCGGGCCUCACAAUCAGCUCAAGGGAAAGGAAUACCUAAUGCUGAUCCAUGCUUCAUUACAUGUAAGGAAACAUCUCUGACUCCCCCUCCUUCGCCAGGUAUUGAAGGGAGCAGUCCUAUUGUAAGCGAGAAAGUCUUAGAGGACGGGUAUAACUGGCGUAAAUACGGGCAGAAACUUGUUAAAGGAAAUGAAUUUGUUCAAAGUUAUUACAGAUGUACACAUCCGAAUUGCCAAGUGAAAAAGCAGCUAGAACAUGCACAUGAUGGGAAAAUGGUAGACACUGUUUAUUUUGGUCAGCAUGAUCAUCCAAAACCGCUGAACCUUCCCCAUGCUGUUGGUUUUGUUGUCUCUGUUGUCGAAGAGAGGCCCGAUGAUGCAUCUCCAACUGUUGUCAAAGACAAGUCACUGGAUGCACAUAUCCAAACACCUCGCUCGAUUGAGCCAGGAGAUGGCUUGCAGCCUUUGCUUAUUGCUGCUGGUGAAGAUGUGAAAGGUGCAUCUUCAAAAUCAAAUAAGUUACUAAAUGUUGGCAGUAGUGAUCAUGGCCAUAAUAUCUCAAAACGCAGGAAGAAAGAAAAAAGUAAUGCUGAUCCAUCUCCAGUGCAUAAGCCAACUAGUGAAUCAGAUAUGGUUGUUAAGACUCUAAGUGAGGUUGACAUCGUAAAUGAUGGGUACCGUUGGCGCAAAUAUGGGCAAAAAUUAGUUAAAGGCAAUCCCAAUCCAAGGAGUUAUUACAGAUGUUCAAAUCCUGGAUGCCCUGUCAAGAAACAUGUAGAGAGGGCAUCUCAUGAUGCAAAAUUGGUUAUAACUCCUUACGAGGGACAACAUGACCAUGAUUUACCUCCAAAUAGGACUGUUACUCACAAUGUAACAGGAGUAAAUGUCCAUCCAGCAGCCCAUAAUGGCAAAUCAGGCACCAAGGCAGGAGAAAGUGAGAACGUUCAUUCUAGUCCUGGAGCAGAGAAUAAACCGAGUGAGCAAUUGAAUGGUGAAUCAUUAACAAAGUCGGAAGCAAGUGCUACUGUUAAUGUUGGUAUAACUGAUGCAUCUAUAUUGGGUCCUGAAGGUGGGUCAAAUGAGCAACGGAGUGGGAAGUUGGAUUCAAGUGAAGAGACUGAAGUCGUUGAACAUACAGUUCAUAGUAAAUCGAGUUCUCAGAAUACAUCUAAGCAAAUGAGUAGCGAACCUGAAACAAAGUCGUAAAAUAGUGCUGAUUACAUCAACAAGAUGGUCCAAACCACCCCAUUCUGUGUGUAAUUUGAUGCCUAGCGCAUAACCUGUCCAAAAAGAACUUGGGGUGAGAGUUUAAUAAUGGCCGAAAGUUGGGGGCUGCAGUUUGGUUGGGUGUAUUAAUAUUGGCAAACCACCUUGUA